AGAUAAGUGAUGACGAGAAUGUUGAUGGUGAUGUUUGUGAUUUGGAUAACAUUGGACAUGUGCAGUGUAGUGACAGUGUAUUUAAAAGUGCAUCUAAGGAGAAAAGUGAAGCUAGAAAUGAGAAACGUGCAAAACGAAAUUAUAAAGUGCCCACUCAAUAUAGUGACUUCUAUUUAUAUUAAGAUUGGUUGUAGCGUGCUGUUCAUUUAUUUAAUCUUUGUUUUAUAUUUUCAGGUAAUAACUUACGUGUGCAAUGUGUGUGAAAAAUUUAAGUCAGAGAGCCUAUAUGCAGCAAAUAGGCAUGCACAGGAGCAACAUAGUGGAUUCAAGUAUAGUUGUAAGGAAUGUAAUGCAACUCUUUCGAGAAAGGACCAAGAGCAUGGGAACUGCAAAAGAGGAUUCGGCUACAGCAUUGUUAAUUUACGCACGGAUUCUACGGGAAGCCAAGCAAAAGAGGAGUUAGAAAAAUGGAGUAAGAACAUCCUUCCAUUACAAAUUACUAAAAUUUCCGUACGAAGACCAAUGCCAUCCAGAUCGCGAACAAGGUCAAGGUCGCCGUUAGUGAGUUCAGUUAGUAAAGAAUAUGAUGAGAUAUCCAUAGAAGCAGAUGACCAAUUCGACAAAGAAGAAGAGGAGUUAAGUGUUAUUAAACAACUGGAAACAAUGCAGAAGAACAUGGUGCAAUUAGAUGUUGGGGGAUAUAAAUUCAAGACAACGAAGGAGACGAUAACAUCUAUUCCAUCUAAGCUGGCAAAGUUGAUGCAAAUCAAAUCUUCUAAUGGAAUUAUUCCGUCUUAUUUCUUGGACAGGGACCCAAAACAUUUCGCAGUAAUUCUCAAUUAUCUUCGAAACAAAGGACAGGUUUCUAUUCCAACCUUACCAAACGAGAAGGGAGCCUUGGCAGCAUUAAAAGUGGAAUGUGAAUAUUAUGAACUUACUGACUUUGUGGACAUAAUUGAAAGACAAUUAAAGGGAUUUUGUUCCUGCAGCAAGUAACUGUGAAUUAAGAUGAUUAAAAAGAGUUAGACUUUUUCGUCAAUGCUUAAAGUUUGUGUAUUUGUACAUUUUAUGAUGUUAUAUUGAUGUAAAGCAAUUCACUACAGUCAAAGUUAAAUAGUUUAGGGACUAAACUUUUUAAAGAGGGGGGUUAUGUUACAAAUUCAUAUUUUACCUUUAUAGUAAAUUUUUGUAACUCUCUAUAUCCUGAUAAUUGUUUAAUGAUCUAAUUUUACAGUAGUGAAUUGCUGUGUAAAUACAUUGCUUAAUGUUUCUUUGUUAAUUUGUAUCACUUCCCAACGUCUAUUUAUUCACAGUGGGGUGCCGUCUGGUAGGGGGAGUUUCUUAGCCAGCAUCUCUAUUAAUUCGCAGUAUAUAACUGUCAUUGAGGGGAUGACCAGUAUAA